AUGGCUUGUCUCACCAUCUUCCGCAAGCAGGCGCAAGCGCUGGACGACGCGCUGGGCAAGCCGGGGGCCAUGGUUGUGGCUGCCGAGAUCAAGGGCGCCGGCAAUGGGGCGCGAUGGUUUGCCACCGCUCACCUCGACGCCUUCUGGCGCGAGUAUGCAGAGCUACCGCUCGACGAGCGUGUGUUCUACGAAGUCAUUCCGCCACAUGCUGUCUGCCGGCUGUACAUCGACCUCGAGUUUGCGACUGCCGCCAACCCUGAAGUCGAUGGCGAGGCACGGGUGGCACGCCUGCUUCGAGCGCUGAUGCGCGAGCUUUCCAAGGUGUUCCGGCUUCCAACGCCGCUCUCGAUCGCCCACGCACUGGUCCUCGACUCGUCGACACCGGCCAAGUUCUCGCAGCACGUCAUAGUCCAUGUUCCUGGCCGCGCGUUUCAGGACGUGUACUCGGUCGGUAAGUUCAUGACGACGUUUGUGGCCCGGCUGCGGGCUCGGGCGACGCGCGCAGGGCGGUCGUCAUGCGUCGACGUGGCGGCCAAAGACGGCUCGCCCGGGUGUCUUGUCGACCUCGGCGUCUACACCAAGAAUCGCAACUUUCGACUGUACAAGUCGUCCAAAGCCGGUCGCCGCGCCCCGCUCGUUGUCGCCCGCACCUCCCGGUUUCCAAUCACGUCGGAGGCGCGCCUAUUUCGUGACUCGCUUGUCUCGGCGUCAAUCGAUGGUGCCGACUCGAUGACUAUCCUUCGCUGCGGCAACCGCCAGUCGGUUGCGCGGCCUCGACUGUCCCUGGCGCCGGUCGAAGCUGAGCGUAUCGAAGCUGGAGGCAGCAGAGUCUGUGGGGAGCACACGCCGGCGGCGGCGCUCUUCCCGGCCGUCUUCCGCCACCUGGAGGACGUGAUAUCUCCUGGCGGGCGCAUCCGGACCUGGUUCUACAUUGCGCGGUCACAGCGAAUUGUGUGCGAGAUCGCUGGCUCGUGGAAGUACUGCCACAACGUCAAGCGGCACCACGCGUCGAACAAUGUCAUGCUCAUUGCCGACCUUGCCCACGGCGGCUACUACCAAAAGUGCCACGACCCCGAGUGCGCCGCCAUCGGCUUCCGCUCCAACCUGAUUCCGUUCCCGCUCGACGUUCUCCUCACCCUCCCUCAGUUCAACUCCGGCUUUGUCGACGCUGUCAUUGCCCCACACGUCGCACGCAUCUAUGACCGCGCCCGACCCGGCACGGACGGUGGAGCCGGGCCGAAUAGCGCCCAUCCCAGCACCCGCGCCGCCGAGAUCGAGUCCUCGCUCGCCCUUCUCGCCACCGAACUCGACCGCCUUGAUGGCGCCGGCGUGUCUGCCGAUAUCCAAUCAUGA